ACCGCAUACAUAUAAAUAAGCAGAUAGGUAUAUGAUAUCAACAGUAUGUAACAUAUUUAUUAUAUAGAUGUAUUGUAGUGUGUAGUGUAUAGUUGGCAACAAAGAUACAUACCAACCUUAUACACCAGCCACGGUCCGCAUUCAGACGCAUUACACUUCACACAACACCAACAUAUACUUCACUGGAUCACAAUGGGACAGUUGUUUUCCAACGAUCAUGUGGUGCCUGAGCACUAUCAGGGGGUUGAUCACGUGCGUAAAACAGUAUAUCCCGCUGCCACAGAUCUCACACGAUGGUCGCUGGAGGUCAAGGAGGGGCGACAAGUGUGGAAGUACUUGGCCGAGAAUGCUGGAGACGAUGAGAAGCAAAAUCCGACCGCGUCAAAAUACCAUGUUGGCCUGGAUAUCAGUGCUGAUGUGCCUACAUUAUCAACACCCAAAACUGUAGAGGAUGCUUUGUUCAACGCCGUCUCUUUCUUUGGUCAGCUGCAGACUGAGGAUGGACAUUGGGCGGGUGACUACGGUGGACCCAUGUUCUUGCUGCCCGGCUAUGCCAUAGUCAACUACGUCACAAAAACACCUAUCCCAGAACCGAACAAGGCCGAGAUAGUUCGGUAUUUAUCUAAUCUACAGAACGAUGAUGGAGGCUGGGGCUUACACACGGCAUGCGCCUCCACAGUAAUGGGAACGUCACUCAACUACGUGACUAUGCGCAUACUGGGGGUUGCCCGUGAGGACAAGCGCAUGGCGAACGCACGGGAGUGGCUCGAAGCAAGGGGAGGGUGUUUGGGUAUCCCACAGUGGGGCAAGUUCUGGCUGUCGGUGAUGAAUGUAUUCCAGUGGGAUGGCAUGAACUCGCUAUUGCCGGAGAUGAUGCUGCUACCACGUUGGUUCCCCAUGCACCCGAGCCGCAUGUGGAGCUACUGCCGUACUGUGUACAUGCCCAUGACGUACGUGUACGGCCUCAAGUAUCAGACAGACGCGAAUGAUCCGCUUGUGCAGAGUUUAAGAGAAGAACUGAUCUUCGAGCCCUACAGCACGGUAAACUGGGCAGAGCAACGCAGCAACGUGGCCAAAGAGGACCUGUAUGCACCUCACACGUGGAUUCUAAAUAUAGUAUUCAAGAUGUUCAACGUAUACGAGGCGAUCGCGCCCAAAUUCAUGCGUAAAUGGGCUCUUGACUGGAUCUACACCGUCGGGGUGGAAAAGGAAGACGAGAAUACCAAGUACAUCUGCAUCGGCCCGGUGAAUAAGAUGAUGAACAUGUUGUCCGUAUACCUAACGAAAGGAAAGGAUAGCCACGAGUUCAGACAACACGUGUUCCGACUGGACGACUACUUGUGGAUGGGCAGAGAUGGCAUGAAGAUGAACGGCACCAACGGAUCUCAGCUGUGGGAUACCUCCUUUAUGGUACAGGCGCUGGUGGAGUCCAGUAGAGUGCGUGCGGAGGAGCGUUUCCACAAGGUGUUUGAGAAGGCUCACAACUUCUUGGAUGUUGCUCAGAUCCGUGUGAACCAUCCCGAUCACGACAAGUACUUCAGAGAUGAGACCCAAGGAGGGUGGCCCUUCAGCACACGAGAUAUUGGAUGGGUGGUAGCCGACUGUACAGGCGAAGGAUUGAAAGGUGCACUUAUCUGCAAGGGCCACAACUACACCGACACCCCGCUCAGCGACGACAGGCUGUUUGACGCGGUCAACAUACUUAUACUCAUGCAGAAUGCUACAGGCGGAUAUGCCACGUGCGAGAAGACUCGUGGAUCACGCCUAUUCGAGUGGUUUAAUGCCAGCGAGCUACAAACGUAUUACUUUAAUCUCACCUUGAGCGCUAUUGGAUUGGAUGGCGGCUUCAUACUGCAGGUGGUUGAGAUGUUACUACAGAUGUACUCGGACAAUGACCAGCCCACCCCCCCACAGGACACUCUCGCAUGUCUGUGCAGCAGUGCCGAGUCGAAUGGCUCACCCAAAGCCGAGCCGUUGAAUGGCUCCUCGAACUACGAAGCUUUUCCCGUCGACGCUGCUGAGGACCUCCUAGUCUUCUCACCACUUAGUCGCCAGCUACGCAGCCAAACACAGCCCUCAGCAACAAGCACACACCCCACACCAGACACACCCAACCACACCAACACCAACACUACAGCCACAGCCACAGCCACAGCCACAGCCACAGCCACGCCUGUCCCGUGCCAACGUGUGCAGUACAGGAAUGCAGUUGACACGGCUCUAGGUCUGGAGGUGUGUGCGUGUGGGGGUGUUGGAGGUUCAUUGUGCGCCCCGCCAAACGGCGAUGAGAAGAUGGACAGCCCCAUCAACGCCGUCAGGCGACGGGUGCGCGCGCUGUCAUCGUCGCUCAGGGAUGCGGUUGCCAUGGCAACCCCGCACCCGGGCAUCUCACUCCCAGUAACACCGAUAAUGGGAUCCAAAUUCAGUCGAGGGCGAUCGAGAGCAAACACUCUCACUGCGUUCACGGGCCCCUCCACACCGUUGCUCAAGCCUCCAGGACCGGCCCCUUCCAAGGCCGGUAACACAACCAAGAGCAGUCCAUCCUCGGCAUCUCAGCCCCGCGGGGUGACCGUAACACCUCAGAUAUAUCAGACGAAUCCGACAAACCAGACUAAACCGACAACGUUGGCGCCUGCACCCUCUCUGGCACCUGGGGUCAUUGGCAGUCGACGUAGGCCGGGUGCACUCUCCGACAGCAUGCUCUCAAGCACCGCCGCGUUCGGACGCACACACACCUACACCCACCCACACACCAGCAGCUUUAUCGAGGUCACUGCUAGCGAGACCCACACCCACCCACACACUAACAGCUUCGCCGAAGACGACGCUGGUGAGGUGGAUAGUACUGGCGACAGCCUUGAAGCCCUGGAAGGGGACAGGGACCACUUCGGCGCAGCCAAUGCUCACAAGUUCAAGUUCAUGUUUGGCCGCGGCAGUAGGCGCAGUAGCAGUGCGUGUCACAUCCCCGCAGUCACGCUGCGGAAGAACGGCUCGCUGACCCGCCCAACCGCAUCGUCUAAUCGAGAGCUGCGCACGCGUACAGAGAUAUAUGAACCCAUUCUCACGCGAGAGUAUGUGUCGUCGCCAAUACCAGCGAGUCCGACGACGCCGCUGCAUGCACGCGCACGUGCGGAUGCGCUGACGCUCACCGCCGCACGCGAUAGCAAACGCCACGCAGCCGAUGCGAUGAAGCGCCACAGCGUGAGUUAUGACAGGGUACAGUCGGAGGACAACUGUUUGGCACGGGGCGAUGAGACCGACACAAGCGUACACUGCAGGAGAGACAAGGAAGAGAAGGCCAGCGCACACGUCAGAAGGGGUGGCAAGGCAGCAGAUGACAGGCAAGACGAGACGGACCAGAUACGAACGGACGGCAAACACCUGUCGGCGGGUGAGAGGGUGGACAACACGCACCUGCUGUCUACGGAGGAGCUGCAGCGGUUUGCCCAGAAACGGCGCAAGUCUGAUCACGGGACGCGCCACACCCCCCUACACUCACCCAAGACCAUUCACCUGCCCAAGCCACACUUUCAUCUGCCGCACGUACUCUCACCGAGCCAUGCACACAAGCACAAGAAGCACGAGCAGAUGGCCCGACUGAGCCUCAGUACGGCCUCUCAGCCGUUGCAAGCGCCAGCAGACACCCCGGAGACCACCAUGGCGACCAAGUCCCAUUCCGAGCCCAUCCACAGCACAUUUGGACAGGACGAGCUCUCUACGGUGUGGUCGCUCAACGACUUGUCUGACGAGGGCUCCACCGACAUCCUGUGUGAACGGGUCCCAUCCCUAGAGCUCAAGGACCGCAAAAAGAGCACGCACGCCCUUCCGCACCAUCGCCAUGUGCGCUGCGAAAGCAGCGACAAACACGCGAGCAUCUCAUGCGACGACAUCUUAUCACACGACUCGCCGACCGUUCCGUCGCCCCACCACUCGUGGUCAGCCAAGCAGUGGAGUGUCCCUACAGACCAGCUCAACGGCUACUCCUCCUCGCCAAUGCUUGACGAUGACAGUACAUACCAAACACAGCUCACGAGUGCUGACAGCAACCACCUGACACACUCUGGCCCACGCAUGCUCAGGUCAACAUCGGCCUCAGAACUAUUGGCCACGGAACGACGGAAACAUAAAGACAAACACACACACACGAACACACACACAUACACACGCAAACACACCUCAAUGCACACGAUCAAGCGAGUGCUCUCGAGUGGCAAUGGGAGGUACGUCACCAGAAGGAGCGUGCACCCCAUCGAUGAAACACGCAGCUGUGAGGUGCUGGCAGGCAUCAGGGAUAACAAUAGCACACACACACACGUACAAUCACAGACCACUGCCACGCACAGCCCAGCUGAGGAACCAGUCCAUCAGGUGCAACCCACUGCACCGAGUCCCCUACCUCCGUAUAUAGGACAAGACUCGAGGCAGGACAAACCACGCACCACAUCACAGCAGGAGAACCUACUGCCACAGGGAGUGGUUAGUGAUGAGAGGACUGGCCCAGGCGUAUACCAAGAGGCAGUACAGGAGGACAGGGAGUGUACUGAUCCACCGGUGGCACUGGACAUGUGGGCCGGAGGGUUGGCGCGGAAGAAAGUUCGGAACAAUAUCCUCACUGUUCUCGUGCGAUGGUGCGAUGAGGAGGAG